UUGACAAUUCAACAAGAUUAAGAAAUGAAAAUGGAGACAAGACUGGCACACUAUAAAAGCCAAUCCGACGAGCCUGACUUGAUGUUCAUUUUCGACAGAUACAGAAGCACAUACGCUUAUUACAGAUUUCUUUUUGAUUUUUUGGUUUCUAUAACAAGAAAGAAACAGAUUCAUAGUCUCCAAAUCAAGAAUCAAGAAUCAGCACCACCACCACCAUUACUACCGCUUCCUAACCAUGACCACUGACGACCACCACCCUUUCAAGUUCCUCCCCAAGCGGAUUAUCCUUGUCCGCCAUGGCGAGUCAAUGGGCAACAUAGACACCGCCGCCUAUGUAACCACCCCUGACAACAAAAUCCCAUUAACCUCAUUGGGUCUAGACCAGGCCCGUGUCGCUGGGACUCAUUUGCGCAAUCUAUUUUCCGAUCACGGAAACUGCACCACCAACUGGCGGGUCUACUUCUAUGUCUCCCCCUACCAGCGUACCCGAUCCACUCUCCGGGAGAUCGGACGGUCGUUUGAGAGACAGAGGAUUAUUGGGGUUAGAGAGGAGUGUAGGAUUAGAGAGCAAGAUUUUGGUAAUUUUCAGAUCGAGGAGAGGAUGAAGGUGAUUAAAGAGACCAGAGAGAGGUUUGGGAGGUUCUUUUAUCGGUUUCCUGAAGGAGAAUCUGCUGCUGAUGUUUUUGACCGCGUUUCAAGUUUUCUUGAAUCUCUUUGGAGGGACUUAGACAUGAACAGGCUUCACAAGGAGCCUUAUCGUGACCUAAAUCUCAUAAUUGUAUCGCAUGGAUUAACUUGUCGUGUAUUCCUCAUGAAGUGGUUCAAGUGGACAGUGGAACAAUUUGAGCACCUAAAUAAUCUUGGGAACUGUGAGUUUCGAGUGAUGGAAUUAGGAGAAGGUGGGGAAUACAGCUUAGCAAUUCAUCACACCAAUGAAGAAAUGCAAGAAUGGGGAAUGUCUCCUGAAAUGAUUGCUGACCAGAAGUGGCGAAUCCAUGCCCACAGGGGUGAUUGGAAUGACAACUGUCCCUGGUACUUCGAUGCAUUUUUUGAUCAUCUAAAGACAGAUGUGGAUAAAGAAAGUGAUGACAAAGCAGAUGAUUCUUCAACUACAUGUGAAUAAGCUACCCAGAAAUCAGAUGCGAAAUUCUUUUGAUUUAAUCUGUACCAAUUUCAUUUAUUGACCUGUGUUUAGUUGAAUACCUUACUAGAAAAACACAUGGAAACCGUAGUUUUAAACUGAGCAAACAGAGGCUUCUUGUUGUAGCCUGCACUGCAAGAUUAUUUAGGUGGUAGAUUGUCAGUACUUUCUUGGAAAGAUCUACUUCCGAAUGCA